UCUGUGGAGCGGCCCCGCCCCGGGGCGGCCCGCGGCGCCGCUUGAGGCGGCCCCCGGCCCCGCUCGGCCCCGCCGGUUUGGGGCCCGGGAAAGUGGCUCAGGGGGAGCCGGGGUCGGCCCCGAGCCCCGGGGGGAGCCGCUGAGGUCAGCGGGCACCCUGAUUUAAGAGCCUUUGGUUCCUCAGGUGGCGUCGGCUUCCUGCAGUUAAUGCGUGAAAGCUUUCGAGCGGCGUUGCUGGCCUGGCUGGCGCGGGCGCCGGGAGGAGGAAGCCGGGAAGCGCCGUGCCCGCCGGUGAAGACCCUCGGUAACUCGUUCCGCCUCCCCAGCCCAUCCGAAGCCUCGCUUCAUCUCUGCCCCGCGCUCGCACGGUCCCAGUUCUGUCCAGAAAUGGUGAAUUCAAACCGAGAAGGCUGGGGAGGGGCCAGACCUGCAGCAGGAUGUGGUGCCGGAGGCUGGCGUGUCUCUUCAGGGUGCCGUGCUGGCUGAGUGGAAGCACCAGACGUCGCUGGCCCGGGCUGCCCCGUGACAGGAGGAGUGUCCUUGCUGCUGCGGCUCGCUGGCAUCACACGGCCCCCGAGUCCCUCAAGUGUGCCUGGCAGCUGCACGGCGACCACCUAGAGCUCAGGUACGCGAACACGCUGAUGCGCUUCGAUUUUGUCUGGCUGCGGGACCACUGCCGCUCAGCUUCCUGCUACAACGCCAAGACGAACCAGCGCAGCUUGGACACAGCGAGCGUGGACCUGGGAAUCAAACCCAAGGCCGUCCGAGUGGAUGAGACCACCCUCUUCCUCACGUGGCCGGACGGGCACGUGACGCGGUACGGGCUGGAGUGGCUGGUGAAGAACAGCUACGAGGGGCAGAAGCAGCGGGUCAUGCACCCGCGGAUUCUCUGGAACGCAGAAAUCUACCGCCAAGCCCAGGUCCCAUCCGUCGACUGCCGGAGUUUCCUGGAGACAGACGAGGGGUUGAAGGAGUUCCUGCAAAACUUCUUGUUAUACGGGAUUGCUUUUGUAGAGAACGUCACUCCCACCAAAGAGGACACAGAGAUCCUAGCGGAAAGGAUCAGCUUAAUCAGGGAGACCAUUUACGGUAGGAUGUGGUACUUUACCUCCGACUUCUCUCGGGGAGACACAGCCUACACCAAGCUGGCUCUGGAUCGUCACACCGACACAACCUACUUCCAGGAGCCCUGCGGCAUCCAAGUGUUCCACUGCCUGAAGCACGAGGGCACGGGCGGGCGGACGCUGCUGGUGGAUGGUUUCUACGCGGCAGAGCGGGUUCUCCAGCAAGCCCCUGAUCAGUUCGAGCUGCUCAGCAAGGUGCCCUUGAAGCACGAGUACGUUGAGAACGUGGGAGACUGUCACAACCACAUGAUCGGAGUCGGGCCGGUUCUCAACGUCUAUCCCUGGAACAACGAGCUUUAUCUGAUCAGAUACAAUAACUACGAUCGUGCUGUCAUCAACACUGUGCCUUACGACGUUGUGCAUCGCUGGUACGCUGCUCACCGCACGCUCACCGCAGAGCUCAGGAGACCGGAAAAUGAACUGUGGGUCAAACUGAAGCCGGGCAAGGCCCUGGUCAUAGAUAACUGGCGCGUCCUGCACGGGCGGGAAGCCUUCACGGGGUACCGCCAGCUCUGCGGCUGCUACCUGACGAGGGACGACGUGCUGAACACCGCACGCUUGCUGGGACUCCAGGCUUAGCCCAGGCCAGGCCUCCGGCACCGCCACGCUGGCGCCGCGCCGAAGAUGUUGCACAUACCUCAGGACACCUCCACCUUCUCCAAGCAGCUCUCGGCGGCCCCCCCCUCAGGAGAGGGAGCAGGUGGAAGCCAAAGGUCACGGGAGCUUUCUGGGACCGUAUUCUGCCUUUUGAGCACGGUCGGCUCUUGCCGUCUGGGCACCCGGCCUGGUGUUGCCAGGCAGGCUGCCCCAGCUCUGCCGAGCAAGGGUUAAUCGAAGCGCUGGCGGCAGCACCUAUUGAUGUGAAGGGCUCCUCCAGUCAAGUGCCUUCAGGAUUUGAAAUGUUUGCGUUUUAACCUGUUGUUCAGCCUUUUUGUCAGCUGGCAGCUUUUUUAACAGAGCAGAAUGGAAAUCUUUGGGGUCUUAUCUCACCCCGGGAUGGACUUUACCUCAUCUAGAGCAAAUGAAAAUCUAUGGUCCCAAUUUGAUAAAAAUGCCACUGCUCAAACUGAGGGCAGCUGGCAUAUUUCAGUGACUUCUUUCUUCUCAAACAUUCUACGUACCCUUGUAACAGUCACUGCUCCAAGCCGUGCUGCUUGGGGGAUGGCCUGGAAGGAGAACCUGGUGCAGUUCGGGUGUUUCUGAAAAGGUUUAGGUUAGAAGGAAAGGGGGAGGUAGGAAGAUGUGCGUGUUGGGAAGGAGAGGUGACUGUUAGAUGAGGGAUGUAUUUCGCACAUUUCCUUGACUUCUAGUAACGUAAUGCUCAUAUUCUGCCUGCCUGUCACACUGUGCUUGUAUCGAGGGCGAAGGCUCAGCAGCUGCAGUAUUUGCCAACGAAUUUCCCGCUGUGCCUGCUCUUUCAUCUUUUCUGAAGAAGGAAUUUGUGUCAGGUUAUCAUUACCCUGGCUGCUGGAUGAGGCUGGCUGUUCUGGUUUGUUUUUUGUGUUUUUUUUUUUUUUUUUACCAGAAUCUCCUGCCUAUGAACAUGGAGGUGCCUUUCAGCUCCUGGUAGCUGGGAGGAUCAAUCAGAGUCCGGCACAUUGAAGGGCCACAGUGUAAGGAACAAAAGCAAAUCCUGUCAUUAUUAGAAACAUUGGAAUUGCAGAACCAAGAGGGGAUUAUAGGAUUUGUUUAGUUUUCAUCCCUCCAUAUCUUUGGGGGUGUUCCCUGUUCUGACUAGACCUUGGAACAGAGCUGGUCCUUUUAACUCCUGGCUUUCCUGUGCAAGCAAGAUGUGUCCAAGGUACGAGUGCAGUACGGGUGCGUAUGUGCUAAACUUGCUGCCCUCACUUAAUCUAAAUACUGAAUAUAUAGAUCCUAGAGUUAAGAAGCACUCUUGGAAGCUUCUUUUCGUGUGGACUGAGCUACCCGACGCUGUCUUUCGCAGUCCUUCCCAUCUGCAGUGAGCCACCUCUGCAGUCGUCAGGCGUUGAAAGGGGUUUCUGAGUGAAGGGCUUGGUGGGAAGCUGCUCAUCCCAGGGAAUGUGAAGAAGUGACACGUGAGCAAUGGUGGCAGGUCAAUACAAGCUUGAAGUGAGCUGGCAUCUGUCAGGUGCGUCUGUGAGCAGCAGCCUCAGACACAGGCAGGAACUUGAAUUUCCCUCUAGGCUGACCCAGUGAAUUCCUGGAGCAGGCUGCAGCAUAUAUUCUGUUGCUUCCCUUAUCAGGCAUUUUGUUUAUAGGUCUCCUUAGGCACCAGUUCCACCAGCACAACUUAGAUGUGGGGUUUCACGAAUCUUUUUUUAACACUGUUGAAGUAACCAACAGUAGGCUACGUGUGCUGUGCCUCCCGUGGCCCCACUUGGGUGCUCCGGGGCUGGUUUCAUCCUGUGCUUCUGGGGGAAGCUGUGGCCUGGAGCAGGGGGGAAGAGGUGAUGACAAGAAAAAAACCCACAGUCUCUGUGGUAGCUGACAAAAGGACCUGAUCAGUAUUUAAAACCCUUGAGUAGUGGAGCCCUCUCGAAUUAUUUGAGGGUAUCAAGGGUCCCUGGGUGCUUGUUGCUCCCCUGUGCCCCCAGGGUCCGAGGGGAAGCGCUUGGGUGAUGUGGAAACCUUCUCUUGGUCCAGGAGAUCAGCUUGGCCUUCCCCUGCUCAGGGGACCUCCAUCUUUAUCAGCUGCCAGCUGAAAACCUGCCGCUACCCCGAGCUGGAGCCUGCAGCGCUCUGGCUGGCACGAGGGAGAACAGAGCAAGGUUAUUGAGGACGGGUUGUCGUGACAUAGGUGCCUUUCUGACAAGGAACGGGGUGGCUGUAGCUCUGCCUCCCGCUGCCGGGGGCUGCGGUCUCAGACACCAGCCUCCUCAGGAGAGCCAACUGCCAGCCCACACGCUCCCCAGGGCGCCCGUGUCAUCUGUUUUGGGGAAGAUUGUUCACAGCGAACGCAGAAGAAACGCAGUUCCUCGCAGGUAUUACUCAAAUUCAUUUAGCCACCCCAGCAAUAAAAUGCAGGGUGGGGGGAGCUUUGUUUAAAUCACGUGCUUCACCUCUCCCCACUUCCCGAGAGGGCUAAAUUCUUCCGAAGCAGCUUGUGAGCAUCAGCACUUCAUUUGAAGUUACAGGACUUCCUGGCAGUUGCCGCCUGCCUGACACGGGCGCUUGUUGGGCCGUGUUAGGGGACAGGUUCUGUUUCCUGUAGCGAUACCAGAUCAGGUUUUGUAAUUAAGCUUUUCCAAUUCAAUAAACGAUGAAUUGCUUCCUUCUCCUUCCCGCUACGCAGGUGAGCCAAUGUCUUGUGUUUAAGACCUCUUCCAAAACUUUUUCAAGUCUUCAGAUAAACGAUUUAUAAAGUGGUCAGCUUAAAAUAGAUAUUUCAAGCACUCAUGAACUUGAAACUAAGUCUGUAUUGCCCAUCAAAGGUGGAAUAAACGUGAGAAGCAGUGAA